CCAAACCAGCGCACCAUGUGGACGCGGACUCUGCUCGUGUUCCUCUUCUCUCUUUCCAUUCCAGAAACCGCGCCGGACAAAAAGCCGAAGGAGCCGAAGAAGAUAACAGACGAAUGUCCGCUACCCAAAUUGGUCGUGAAACCAUGCAUGGUGAAAAAGGGUCAACGGGUGUCUCUGACUUGCUCCAUCAUGGAAAAGUAUGAGACACCCCAAAACUACUCUUUGUAUCUGGGUGAGCGUCACCUGAAAUCUGAAAUUGCAAAAGGUAGAUCCAAGAGUUUUAACCUCAGCGUCUCUGAAGACCACGAUUUGGGUCCCUACAAAUGCAAAGUCCAGGUUAACAACUGCUCAACAGUCAAGUACAGUGCUGAGUUCAAGCUCGUGUUCACAGGAGCCUCUCCACCCCGGUUGAACAUGGAAAGCAGUGUGAUAACAAAGGGUCAACAUGUAUCUCUGACUUGCUUCACCAAGAAAAUAUCCCAACCACUCAACUACUCUUUGUUUCGGGGCCAGGAUCACUUGAAAACUGAAGUUGAAGCAGGUCAACUCAAGAUUUCUAACAUAACCAUCUCAAAAGAUGGUGAUUUGGGGCCCUACAAGUGCAGAGUUCAAAUUCCCAACAGCUCCUGUUUUAAAUAUAGCCAAGAAUUCAACUUCACAUUUGAAGACCCAGUGGCCACCCCAGUCCUGAAUGUUGAUGCGAUUCAAACAAACAGUGCACAAUAUAUAGUAACACUACGCUGCAUCUCAUCCCAGGGCUCGUUGCCCAUCAACUAUACUUUCUUUGAGAGUAAUGUCACCCUAUCAACUGUUUCCAUGAAUAUAAGGGAGCCUGCUGAAAUUCACAUCACCAAGAACACCAGAAUGGAGGGAACGUAUAAGUGUAAAGCUAAAAACAAGUUGCCUAACCAUGCAAAAUACAGUCAACCGGUCCUCAUAUCCAUAACAGGUGAAGGCGGCUGUCCUCUUUGCCUGCAGCUGCUGCUUCCUGCGUUGGUUCUGGUGCUAAUCGCAAUAGCCUUGAUCCUGCUGUGCUGGCAACUACCCAAACACAAAGCAAGAAAAGCCAUGAGAGCGAACGUGCCCAAGGACAACGGAGUUAUGACCAUGGAAGUGACCGAAUAUGCAACCAUCUGUACAAUCCAAGCAGAUAAAGAAUCUACGUCCAGGUUGGAACCAAGGCAGUAUGUUUCCACAGCCCAAGAAGGCACCGACCACUCCCAGGAGAUACAUUACGCUACCCCCAUCUUCCAGAAGGUGGCACCAGGGAAGCAUGAAGCCUGUAGUGAUGGUAAAACUGAAAGUGUAUAUUCUGAAGUCAACUGAAAUCGAGAGAAACAAACCACAUCACAGGAUUUAUCAAGCCAUUCUCCAGAGUAGCGUCCGUCACCAAAACUGUGAAAAGGAUGCCCAUCUCAUCAUACCUGGAACAGAGCAGCCAGAGGACGGACACGGUGAGCAACGCUGCGAAGCCCCGGGGUGGCAUCCUCGGCGUGAAUUCCUUCAGGGCCGUGCUGCAGCCAGUGCCAGGGUUCAGGGGACGGGACCGAACAAGACUGAUGCAUCUUAACACCUCAGAGAACUUCUAAUUCAUCAAGCUGAACACAAACACUGGCUCCCUAACAUUUUACAAGAGUGCUUCAAAAACCACAUGGAAAAACUCCAUCAUCUUUUCAUUCCAUUUGCCUUUACACUUUUUGAAGACCCCUCCUGAUUUGAGAGGCUAUUUUCCUCAGCCUUUUUAGUAUUUGGACAAAGCUAUCUUAAAGUGUUUUAAAAUAAACAAAUACGUUAUAAUGAAAGCU